AUGUCGGACGCAGAUCUGGGAUGUGGGAAUCUGGACAGUUUUAAUGUAAAAGAAGAGAACCUAACAGAAUUUAAAGAAUCCGAUAACGAUGAAAUGAGGAAACAUGGAGCAGAUCUUCAAAUUCUUGAUGGAAGUGAAAUGAUUUCUCCAAUAGAUAGUGAUUCUGAACAGAACAUAAUAAAACUAGAUGCAAACAGUGAAGCAGAGGAAGCGACCGAAAAGAAAAAUCUCCCAGUCGUAUGGGAAGGAAAUACUGACAUUGAUACCGUCCGCAUUGAUACACCAGAAAACGAUUUCUCACAGGAAGAUGAGGAGGAGCGUUCAGAGGAAGCUAAACCAAGAGAAAUUAAAACAACAAACGAAAGUAAUGUCUCUCCAUCAUCAGAAAUCAUGGAUCCUGAUGUUCUUAACAAUUUCGAUCAGCUCUUUAUCAAUACCAAAUACUUCCUCAUUAAGAGCAAUAACUAUGAAAAUGUUGUCAUAGCUAAAGAGAAUAAUGCGUGGUCAACACCAGUUGGAAAUGAGCAUCGCCUUAAUAAAGCAUUUGAUGAAUCGAAUAAUGUUAUUCUUAUUUUUUCGGUUCGAGAGAGCGGUAAAUUUCAAGGUUUUGCUAGGAUUGCUUCUCCACCUGAUUCUCGGUUAAAGAUCAAUUGGGUUCUUCCUCCAAGGAUGAAUCCAGAUAUGCUCUCACAUCCUUUUAGACUAGAUUGGAUUAUUAAACAUGAAUUGCCUUUCAAUAAUGUUGCCCAUCUGACGAACUCGUGGAAUGAAGGAAAACCCGUUAAAAUUGGUCGCGAUGGUCAAGAAAUUGAGCCCGUUUGUGGUCAAGCUUUAUGUCGAAGCUUUCCCUUGGAUUCCCCUGAGUUGAUUUCAGAAAUCGUCAAGAAAAUUGUGCCGAAAAAUCCCAAAUCGGCUGAUGGCAAUCGUCGCAGAAAUCUUACUGAUCGAAUCGGAACUACUACGGAUCGAAUCCGCCGUGCAAAGGACUUAGGAUUCCACAAUCCUAACUCAGUUGGUCUUCUUGGAAAUGCUACGUCUCGACCAACUGUGCCUCCUUUGAUGUCUUCUAUCGAUCUCUCUUCAGCUGUGGCUGCUAUGGCAGCACUGAAAUCCAAUAAUCAACCUAGGAGGUCCCUUCUUCAAACGACCAAUCCUGUGAUUGAUAUCUCGCAAUUUUCUGCCCCUGCAGUUUUGCCUAACCUUAUUUCACAGCCUACAGGAACUGAUCCGUCAGCUUUGUCAACUCUCCUCACUACACAUGCACCAGCCAUUAACAGAAUUUUCAACCCACAAGAUGUAAACCAACAGCGGCAGCGUCCACCCAGCAGUAGGGAAAGGCGUUAUCGAUCAAGGAGCAGUAGUAGAGAGUCAUCAGAUCGAUAUCGUCGGGACCACAGGCGACGACGUUAUGCAGAUGAGAGGGGGGAGGAUGACCACUAUCGUGACUUUCGAUCGAGGUACUCAAGAGAGGAUUCCAGGGGACGUCAUUACGCAGAGGAUCGUCGGGAAUACAGAAGUCGUGAUAGGUCAAGUUCACCCUCAAGAGAAAAUCCCUUCCUUCAUUGGAACUAUGAAGAUUAUCUCAAAGAGGUACAGCGUGGGAUGAAUCCAAAUCUCAGCUCUCUUAUCAAUGGAGGCGUUCAACUACCACCUCCACAUGGAACAUCAGACGCAGAUAGGCAAUUUGAUGAACAAGUGAACGCAUUCCUUCGCAAUACCACCGGGCCACCAUUGCCGCAACCUUCAGUAAGCUCCCUACGUUAUUCCGGCGAGCUCUACCACCGCGAUUAUGAAAGAGAACACGAUUCAAGAAGUCGUUCAUCCUCUUCCACUGAAGAUCGUCACUAUCGUCGUAGACAUGCAGACAGGCGUAGUCGAGAGAGAGGAGAUAGUCGUCAACGUUCCUAUAGCGAUCUUCGACGUUCUCGCUACGAGGAUGACAUAGUGUAUCAAAACGAAGAGGAAGACCGGUACUACGAACACCACCGAAGAAGUGGUGGCGGCGACCAUGGACGCUCAAGGUCGCGUGUAUAUCGCAGAGAUGAAGAUAUCGAUUAUCGGGAAGGAGGUGGCAUCAGAAGUCAUCAUUCUCAGCGUUAUCGCCGCUGA